UGAACAAAUAAAAGGAAAGAACAAAAAUACUUAAACGCAAGUUAUGCAACUCGAUUCAUCUGGGGUUUUAAGAAACGAAUUAAAAAUCAAAACCCCAAAUUCAAAAUCUUGAAAUUUAACCUGAGAAAUUCCAAUAAAGCUUUGAUCUUUCUGAAAAAACUAAUGCAGGGUUUUAGAAGGGGUUCUUCAGUUAUAAGGCGUUUUUCGAUUCCGCAAAUCAGAAAAAAAGUUUCCAAUGUCAGAACAGCUGUUCAAGAUACUUUUGAUUCAACUAAGGAUACAUUUGAGAGGCAUAAAAUUGUGUUUACAAUAUCAACUUCAAUUGCAUCUCUUGGCACUGCUUGGGCUGGGUAUACUUUACGCCACCUUCACGAAACAAAAGUCGAACAAAGGCUUGACUCGAUUGAGAACGCUAUGAAAAAAAAUUAUGACCUUGAAGGUAAGGAAUUCAAAAAGCUAGUUGGUACUGGUAGUUCUAAUGUUGCAGCAUGUAUUGCCACAGCCGGGGUCUCUUUAAUUGUCGGGUUUGGAUUUGGUUGGAGAGGUGGCCAUUGGUAUGCAAAUCGUAAAUUCAAAAGGCAACAAAUGAAAUUGAUGGGACAGAUUAAACCAAAAAGGUGGCAAUUGAAGUUCCUGAAACGUCCAUUGAUGCGAUUAAGGAAGUCAAAUGCUGCGGUGAAAGCACAAGAAACUCAGGAAAGAUCAUCGAAUUCGCUAGUGCAUAAACCCCAAGAAGCAAAUGUUGCUUGAGAUUGGAGAUGAAAUAGAUCUUGGCAUAUAUGUACAUGCUUGAUCUCAGUUUUGAUUGGAUUUUAUCCAUUUUAGCUAUCUUAACUAUUAAUCUUGAAAUGAAGCUUUAAUUUAUGUAGGAAGUUUAUGAAAUUUAGGAAAAACUUAUCAUUUUAGGAUAACAUAUUAUGCUUAUUUUCUCAA